GUGAAGUAUUUAUAAGUUGUAAAGCGAAUGCAAAUCGAACAGAACUGACUCGACUAUGCUGCAUGCAAACUUUUAAGUUAUUUCAAUUGAAUUUUUCGUUGAACGAUGGAUCGUCGUGGAUUGAAGUUUAUUUCGAAAAGAACGGAUAUUGAAAGCGACGUCGUCACACAUCCAACGCCUACCAACGUCUACUUACCUACUCAACCAUUGAAGGAUAACUCGAAUAUUAGGAUUAUCAGAGUGAAUUCGGAGUACACGCAGUCAGUGGAUAGCACAACAGCUGCAUUAAAACAACAACACCAAACGAACACCACCACUACAACUACCACAAACAAUAGUGUUCAUACACACAUAAGCAACAAUAAUAACAACAACAAUAACAAUAGCAACGUAAAUUCUCACAAAAACAACGAACGCCCACUCAAGUGCCUGGAAACACUCGCACAAAAGGCGGGCAUUACAUUUGACGAGAAAUACGAUUUCGCCAGUCCACCAUAUCCGGAUACGCAUAUUAGUAGCGCUAGCAACAACAACACUCAUAAUAUCAACGUCAGCUAUAAGCAGCACCACUUAGGUAGCAGUGGUGGCGUUUCGUCAUCAACAUCAACAUCAUCGGCUGCCACAGCAACAACAUCGACAUCCAUACCAUCCUCUACAUCGUCGACGUUUGUCAGCUCCUCGACAACGGUCGCUGUAAGCAAUACAACAGCGCCGCCAAGCAACUUAGCAACGCAUAAAAACUUCACGCUGGAGAAAUCACAGAGUCCAGCCCAACAGGUGGCGCCCUCAUCGGUGCCACUGCAAAUCUCACCCGAACAAUUGCAGCAGUUGCAACAAUUGCAAUUGCAACAUGGCUCACCGUUCGCCACCAUACAGGUGAAACAGGAAUUUCCCACACACACUGCCACCACACAUCAGUUGAGCGCCGCCGGCGCUGCGGGCGAACUGAAACAUGCCGGCCUACUCGAUCCCACGCAAGCUAAUCAACUGCAACAAAUGCAAAUGCAGUUGGCUGAUCCAACGGCCGGUGCACCGGGCAGUCCGGCUAAUCAGCAAACACCGAGCAGCGCUGCAGCCGCUGUUGCCGCUAUGCAACAACAACACUCGACCACCAUAAGCACUAUGUCGCCGAUGCAGUUGACCGGUCAGGUGUUGGGCGAUUGGGCGCAGGGACGCACCGUGCAGCUGAUGCCGCAGCAGACGGCGCUCAAUUCGGGUUUCAUCUAUCCACAGCUGGUCUCUGGCAAUUUGAUACACUCCAAUUUGGGUCAGCAGCCGAUACAGGUUAUUGCCAGCAAGCCGUUUCAAGGUGGCACGCCGCAAAUGAUCACGACCACCACACAGAAUGCCAAGCAAAUGAUUGGCGGCAAUGCCGGUUUCCCCAACACCUAUGCCAUCCCGUCCAGCCAGUCACCACAGGCGCUGCUCUUUACGCCGGUGCUUGCGCAGUCGCCGCAGCAGCAGCAGAAUCUCUUCAAUUCCAUGGUCGCCUCAGCCGCUAAUGCACAACAGCAGCAGCAACAACAACAGCAACAGCAAGCACAAACCGUCAAAGCCACAACUGAUGCGCAGAAGAGCCUGCAGCAGAAGGUGGUGCAGAAGGUGACCACCACCACGAACACCGUGCAAUCGGCCACGGGCACUGCUGGUGGCGUGGCACAGCAGCAACAGCAACAGUCGACUCAACAGUGUGUGCAGGUGUCGCAGGCGACCAUGCCGACACAAAUUAUUAGCCCCUUGCAGGGCGCCACCGGCACACAGCAAAUGCAAAUCGGUCCUUGGGUGCCGUUCUGGCAGAAUCCGAUCAUAAUACGUGGCACACAGCCGGACGGCACGCAGAGCAUGUUCAUCCAGCAGCCGGCAUCGCAUCAAACCAUACAGGCGCAACAGCAAAAUCCGAUCACUUUGCAGUGCAACGUCGCACAGCCCACCGCAAAGCCGCGUCAACAAAUCGAAGCGCUCGCACCCAAGCAACAACAAAGCCACCAGCAACAAGCCCAACAGCAGCAACAACAAACGGCUCAAGCCGUCGUCGCUGCACAACUGCAGCAGCAAGCGAUCACUGCUAGCCAAUUGCAGCAGCAAGUGGCACAACGCGUACCGCAAAUACUGCCACAGAAUGGCGGACAAAUACGUCCGGCCAGUUCGGUGUCGACACAAACGGCGCAGAAUCAGAGUUUGCUGAAGAAGAUGCGCACCAAGCAGCAACCCGUGCGGCCGGCGCUGCCGACAAUGAAGACUGAAAACGGCCAGCCGCAACAGGUGAAAGCGCAAACGGUCGCCACAGCGGCGGGACUGCAGCAACAGGGCGCCACUAUGCAUCAGGUUGUGACGCCGGCGGGCAAGAUGGUUGUGAUGAGCACUGGGCCGUCGAUAACUAUACAAAAUGGCCAGGCCAUACAGCAGACCACCACGACGGGACAUGUGGAUAAGCAACAGCAACAGCAGCAACAACAACAGAUACAAAUACAACAAAUGCAGAAACAGCAGCAGCAGCAACAACAAGCGCUGCUACAACAACAUUUACUGCAACAGCAAUUCGCCUCGGCUAUACAAAUGCAACAACAGCAGCAGCAGCAACAGCAACUGCAACAACAACAGCAGCCACAACAAAUACAACUGCAAGUGGCACCGCAAACAUUCAUCACACAGCAGCAACAGCAACAGGCGCAACAACAACAGCAACAGCUACAGACGCAACUGUUGCAACAGCAGUUGGUGCAACAACAACAACAGCAGCAGCAACAGCAGCAACAACAACAGCAGCACCAGCAGCAGCGUGAGCAGCAGCAACAGCAACAACAAAAUAUUAUACAUCAAAUUGUUGUACAACAACAGCCGCAGCAAGCGCAGGCUCAAACGCAUCAACAGCAGCAGCAGCAACAACAACAGACGCACCUACCAACACAAAUCGCCGGCGUACCAUUUUCGGUGUCCUCCUCAACACCAUCGAGCAUCGCAUCGUCUGCGGCCGCCGCGUUGCAACAACACGCUGCUGUCUAUCAGUCGAAAGCUUCGACACUGCCGACCACUUCGGUGGUGACUAUUACGAAUCAGGCUGGCCCACUGGUGACCAGCACCAUUGGCAUUAAUCAGACUUCACAGUUGCAGCAGCAGCAACAACAACAGCAGCAAAGUUUGCUGGCAGCUUCGCUUGCUGCAUCGCAACAACAACAAGCGCAACAACAUGCACAGCAACAAGCGCAACAGCAGGCACAGCAGCAGCAUCAACAACAACAACAGCAAGCGCAAGCUUUAGCACAACAGCAAGCGCAGCAGCAGCAACAACAACAACAGCAAAAUCAAAUGGCGCCACCAGCCGCUCAACCGCUGCCACAGCCCAGCAUUGUCUCCACACCCACACAGAGUCCACUGCUCGGCCUCACUUCCAUGAUGAAUGCAUCCAUGGGUGGCCUACAGUCCUCACCGGUGACUUCAACAGCAACAGCAGCGGCCACGAUGGCAUCACCGAUAAAUAGUGGCGCUGGCGCUGGUGUGACAGCUGUGUCCUCGCUACCCGGCACGCCAAUUAAAACGCUCUCGAAUGAACAACAGCAGCAACAACAACAACAACUGCAGCAACAACAUCAACUGCAACAGCAAUACAAAAACGCUUUGGCUGCUCAAUCGCAAGCACAUAUUGUGGUAGGUAGCAUUGCCUCCGAGGCGAAUCGCACAAUGCAAGUCACGUCGGCCACCAUAGCGGCCAACAGCAAUCAAAUGAUACAUUUGAAUAACGCCAAUGCAGCGAAUGCGACAGCAGCGGCAACGGCGGCUGCAGAAUUGAAGGAAGCCGCCGCUAAAACGGCCAUGGAGGCGCCGAAAGUAGCUACACCUCAACAACAAACGGUUGAGCCAACAUCGGCCAGCUCCACGACCACCACCGGUUCGUCACAACAGCAACCACAAACGGCAGCUAAUAAUGCUACCAACGGCGCCAGCUCUGCAGCGGCAACCACUGCCAAUCAAGCGAACGCAGAAGCGGCUAAAGCUGCCAAUGCUAUGGACACUACACCCGCACCAACAACGCCAACCACACCCACCACUACCGCUACAUCGCCAACGAAAAGUGUCGCGAAUGUGACAUCCUUUACCCAGUCCACUACACCAUCGCCAACCAAAGGUGCUCGCAAUGACAACGUCAAAACAGCCAACACUGAGACAGAAAAGUCUGCUGCCGCCGCAUCUUCUACAAAUGACGAUGGCAAUACUCAAGUUGUUAAAUCCAACAACGCCAUCUCAAUGUCUAAGAAUAUGUCCAGCAUGGCAAACAUUAAAGUGGAAAAGGAUCUACCCAAAGCCAUGAUUAAACCCAAUGUGCUGACCCACGUCAUUGAAGGUUUAUUGAUAAAGGAAGCCGACGAACCGUUCCCGGUGACACGACAGCGUUACACCGAUAAGGACACCGAGGAUGAGCCGCCCAAGAAAAAGAUAUCUUUGGAUGAAGAGACGCACAACGCGAUCAACCAAACCAACGGUGUCAGUGCGUUACCACCCGAUAUGGUCGCCUGCGAGCAAUGCGGCAAAGCCGAACACAAAACGAAACUGAAGAAGAAACGUUUCUGUUCGCUAACCUGCGCACGCCAAUCGAAGGCCUCGAUGAACGA